AUGUCAUCAAUCCUGUUGCAGAAUGCGACGAUUCUGGUUCCCUCCGGUGACAAGAAUGACUACGUCGUUCCCCGCCACAACCACUCGCUGCUCAUCGAAGGAUCCAGGAUCUCGCAGAUCGCACCCCAGAUAGCCCCGCCUGCCGAAUCCACCCAAGUCAUCGACUGCACCGGGAAGAUCAUCUCCCCUGGGUUCAUCGAUACACAUCACCACCUCUGGCAGACACAGCUCAAGGGACGCCAUGCGGAUCAUACCUUGAUAGAGUACAUGCCCACGGGAAACCUGCAACAGGUCAACUUCACACCAGAGGAUAUCUUUUGGGGCGAGCUGGGAGGCUGUCUCGAGGCCUUAGAUGCAGGAACUACCACCGUGGUGGACCAUGCUCACAUGAACGUCACCCCCGCUCAUUCCGUAAAUGGGAUAGCAGCGACAGCGUCCUCCGGCAUCCGAUCUAUCUUCUGCUACACACCUACCUCGACGGUCAAGAAGUGGAAGCCAGAAAUCGAGAUGAACACCAGCCUGCUCGAUGAAUGGGUCCUCCAACAACUCGAGGAGCUGGCCGCAGCGGCGCCAUUUGGCGACGGGCGCGUCCAGCUGGGUCUGGCUUUUGACGGGUUCAUGCUGCCGAAGGAGGUGGUCGUCGCGUUGUACGACCGCGCCCGCAAAGCUGGAGUGAAGGUGAUAACCACCCACUAUGUGCGUGGAUAUUUCAGCGACGGAUCCCUGGUCGACACCCUCGAGGACUACGGCCUCUUGGGCCCCGACAUUCUUCUCUCGCACGGCAACAACCUCUCAGCCACCGACAUCGAGAAACUCUCGCAAGCGAAAGCAUGGAUCUCCGCCACCCCCGACACCGAACUGCAGAUGGGCCACGGGAACCCCGUCUGCUUCCAGAACGGCUGCACGAACAUUACCGCGCUCGGGAUCGACUGCCAUAGUAACAAUUCCGGCGACAUCGUCACCCAGAUGCGCCUGGCGUUGCAGAGUGAGCGCGCUCGCCGGAAUGAGAAGCUUCUCGCGCAGGAGAAGUAUCUGCGCUCGUUGGAUGUGUCCGUGCAAGAUGCCUUCCGGCUGGGGACGAUCCAAGGCGCCCGCGCGAUCGGCAUGGCAGAUCAUCUGGGAUCGAUUGAAGUCGGGAAGCUUGCGGAUCUGGUGGUUUUUGACGGCGAGAGCCCGGGGAUGAUCUGCGCUGCGGAGAAGCAUCCGGUCGCGGCUAUUGUAUUGCAUUCGUCUGUGCGCGACGUGGAUACGGUCAUUGUUAACGGCGAGAUUCGCAAGCAAGGCGGUCGGUUGGUGCCGGUGGACAUUGACCCCUCAUUUCCCGAGGUGACGAUCGCAAAACGAAGGGUGGAAUGGAAGGAUGUGGCGCAAGAGUUGCGGGACAGUCAGGAGAGGAUUCAGAAUGCUGCGGUGGAAGCUGGGGCUGUGGGAACUCGAGUGUCCGAGGCACUGAGAACCUUCCAUGUGGACCCGAACAAGUUCGUUUGA